AUGUCGUCUGCUGCAUCCGCAUCAACGGAGUAUCCAGAGCAUGAUUUGUCCGAGUUCCCGGCCGCCCUCAGAGGGAAGCGCAUCCUCCUGUGCACCGAGUCCUUCGGCCCCGUCAAUGGGGUGAGCCGGACGACUCUCAUGCUAGUCAACCACCUGCGCGAUCACGGCGUCCAGGUUGCGGUGGUUGCUCCUCACAACCACACCAACCACAACACCUUUUCGCCUCCUCCGUCUCCCAGCCUCUCUCCUGCCGACAAGCAGCCCGAGGUCCGCGUCACGGGCUACCCCCUGCCGUUCAACCCGGAGCUGUCCAUCGUCUAUCCCGUCCGCAACUCAACGCUCUACUCUCGCACCUUUGGCGACGAUGCGCCGCCAGAUCUCAUCUACCUCGCCUCUCCGGCCAGUCUGGGCUUUCAAGUCAUGCUGCAGCUGAGACAACAGCCCCAGGAGAAGCAGAUCCCCAUAAUUUGCAACUUCCAGACCGAUCUGGCGGGCUACUGCUCGAUUCUCUUCCCGGCGCCGCUCAGCCAUGCGGCCGUCUUUGCCUUUGACGCUGUACAGAGCUACCUCUUCAGACACUCUUCUAUCAAGACCAUCUUCUACCCUUCCAGAUUUGUCAGGCGGUACUUGGAGGGCCAAAGAGUCCAGCCUAGCAAACUCGAGGUCCUGACAAGAGGCGUCAACACGACCAUGUUCAACCCGAGCCGCCGGAGCGAGGCCCUCCGAAAGGAGAUUGCGCCCAAUGGAGAAAUCAUCUUUGUCACUGUUUCUCGAAUUGCAGGCGAAAAGGGCUUCGAAUUCCUUGCUAAAGUGGCAAAGGAACUGGACGCCAGGGGCCUUCCCUUCAAGAUGCUCAUUGUCGGAGGGAACCGAAACCCAGAUGUCGAAAAGGAGGUUCAAGAGCUUUUCGACCCUCUCAGGGAAAAGGGCACAGUCACCUUUGCCGGCUUCAAGGUCGGUGAGGACCUCGCUGCGUACUACGCCAGUGGUGACGUUUUCCUACACUGCUCCGUCACGGAAACCUUUGGCCUGGUUGUGCUCGAAUCCAUGGCCAGCGGUGUCCCGGUGGUUGCUCGUGACGAAGGAGGCCCUUCCGAUAUUGUCGCGGAUGGCAAGACGGGCUACUUAGUCCCCCCUAAUGACCUCCAGGGAUUCGUUGCCAAGGCCGCCCAGCUGGCUGAAGACCACCAGCUCCGCUUCAACAUGGCCAAGGAGGCUCGCCUCGCUGCUUGUGAAGCCACCUGGGAGAAGAUCAACAAUAAGGUUGCCUGGCGCAUGGCCGACACCAUUGCCCAGCGCGAGCUGGAGCAGGGCAAGCCUCAACCUACCAAGGCCGUGACAACCACCGCCCAGCAGCUGGUGCCCGUGUACGGCUGGCUCAUGAUGAAUAGUGCUCUGCGAGAAACCGUCACACGCAGCGUCGUCGAUGCAAAGCUGAUGGGUGGCUUGGGCGUUAUCCUGAGUUUCUGGGUCGUUACCGGUGCGUAUGUGGUCUUUUCCGAAGGUCUCCUGUGGGCAAAGGGCAGGAUUCGCAAGUCCGCACCGGCGAAUUGA